AUUUUCAAUUUGUCAAUGUUUGUUAUAUCAAUCAGUCCACAAUCAGUCACAUUCAUGUUUUUUGCAUUAUUUUAGAGCUGUAAAUAAACAUGUGCGCCUAAGUCUACGUUAAGCAACAUUCGUCAAAUAAUUCCGAUUCCUUCGUGCAACUUUCCCCAAAAACUUUCCGAAACUUGUCCAAUAAAACUUCUUGAAUUUGACUGUCAAUCUAUAAUGAUGCAGGUAGAAGUAAAAAAUUGGCAAUUGCUUUAUGGCACAGUUGUUGUUUGUAUUGUCAAUAUAUUGAUGCCGCAUUUGGCAAAAUAUAUUGUAUCUUGGUUCUACAGUCCAACCAAGGAAGAACUUCUAAAACUAGAAGAGCUACGUAAACUUUUAGAAGAACUGAACCAGAAAUCUAUUAAAGAUGAAUUUGCUGCAUACUCCAGAUUGCAGCGCAGAAUAAAUAAACUCGAGGCUGAAGUAAAAAAGAUGUCACAGUCUAGAAUUAGUGCAAGUGUAACAGUGAAUGCUUCUAUACAACUUGUUCUAGAGGUGUUGGUGGCAAUCAUAACUGUAAUUUCCAUAAUCUUCUUCCGGAAAAUACCUGUAGCCACUAUGAAGGGUGAUCUAUUUCCAUUCACAACUGUACUUCGAUACCCUAGUGAGCUCCCAAAUGCCAUUUCUGCUCAUGUAUGGAUAAUUAUCUCCAAUGUUACCCUUAAAGUUUUACUGAAACCUAUGUUGCCUUAAUGUAAUUACAGGUAUAUAUUAUGUUAUUCAUAAAUAUUCUGAAGUUAUUAUUUAUUGUACAUAAUAAUAGUAUGUUCAACACACCAUGACAAUGUUUUACUAAUUGAAAUAACAAUCCUGAAAGCUAGAUAUGUAUUAUUUUAUAAUUUAAUUUUAAAAUAAAUAGAGCUAUGAAUAAAAAAA